AUGGCAGACACAUCUCAGCCGUCUUGCCUCAGUCCAACACCACUUCAGCCCAAAUGCCGUCGGGCCGACAACACGCGUUCUCUCUUCCCGUCUCCGAGAGACACACCUCGCCACAAGAUGGUGGAUUGCCUAUUCUCUGGACAUAGAAACAGACACCGAGGACAACCCUGCCUUGGUCGCCAAUCACAGGCCCGUGCUGGGGACAAAAAGAUGGCCAUACAUGGUCCGACUCCGACUCCAACUCCAACUCCAACUUCAUCCCUUUGGCUACAAGCCAGACGGAUUGCCUCGUACGUCUCUCAGUCAGUCAGCAGGUCACCAAGUCCAGCCAGACACCAGAAUUCAGUCGUCGAUACCGUCUACAUUGUCUCAUCAAUUCGCUCUACAGCUAUUGCCUCU